UCUUCAAUUGACGAUUACGAGAGGGAUGCUUUAGAGGAUGCUAUAGAGACGAGACUGACACGAAGCAAGAGGUUUUUUUGUACAAAAGAGACAUUGUCCGCAGCUCGCGUACCUGCUUCCGAGAAUAAGAGUCUCCUGCGUAUAUAUAAGGAUUCGGGGAUCAAGGGAUGAAGCUCAUUCAGUGGACCGUCUCGGAAGAGCGACGACAUGAAGCUCCAAACGUUCCUCGUGUUGCUACUAACGGUUCAGCACAGGGCGAAGGGACAGCUCGAGAGUUAUAGCGACGACUUCUCGGACGUCGAAUUGCCGACGGACGAGAGGGACGACUGCAGCGACGGCACGUGCUACGCCGAGAAGCGCAUCAUCUUGCCGGAGAAGAUUGUCGAGCACAGACAGCUCAUGCCCAGGUUCGCCACGAAGCUGCAGUCGGUCAAUUUGGCCGAGAGUUUUCCCCAGCCCCAGUGGAGGCCGGUCUGCGGUUGCGUGACGCAGCACAAGCUGGUGAACCUCGGCGAGGGACAUUACCCCAGAUACAUCACCACCGCCAGGUGUAAGAGCAAGACCGUCGCCAAUAGGUUCUACCAGUGCAAGUACUACGACUACAGGGUGCACGUGCUGGUGAAACGAGGGCUCAACUCGAUACCGAAGAAUGCCGACGAGCUCGACGUUCGGGAUGUGGAGGAGCUGCCGCUGCCGGAAUCUCUGCACGCUAAUUGGCAACUGUUUGCUCUCUCGGUCUCCGUCGCCUGUGUCGCCGUUGAAAGGGUGUAAUCGUCGAGCGGCGAUAAUUAUGCAAGCUGAUCGAUAACUCUGUACCGACGAUGUACCUAUAUAUGUCAUAACGAUGAAAAAUAAAUUAUGUACGUAUUACCCUAAUAA